GCCGAGGUGGGCGGGGAGGUCAGGUGACCCGAUCGUCGUCCCAAGAUGGCGGCAGCGGUGGCGCCCGGGAAUCCGCUGCACCGUCCUGGCUGCUGAGGCGGACUCCUCGCGUCUGGCGACGGACGGGCCAGGCCGAGAGCCGGCGAACGGGCGGCCGCCGCCUCUACGGUCCCCGCAGCCGGGACUAGGCCGUGCGGCGGCGGCGGCGGCAGCGCCGGGGGAUGCUCGUGCUGGGCCGGGCCUCUCUCUCCUCAACUUAGGGCGGCGGCGGGCCCGCGCCCCUGGCUCCCGGGCCAUGGCGCUGAGGGAGCUCAAAGUGUGUCUGCUGGGGGAUACAGGUGUAGGUAAAUCAAGUAUUGUAUGGCGAUUCGUGGAAGACAGUUUUGAUCCGAACAUCAACCCAACAAUAGGGGCAUCUUUUAUGACCAAGACUGUCCAGUACCAAAACGAGCUACAUAAAUUCCUAAUCUGGGAUACAGCUGGACAAGAACGAUUUCGUGCCUUAGCACCCAUGUACUAUCGAGGGUCGGCCGCGGCUAUAAUUGUUUAUGAUAUCACAAAAGAAGAGACGUUUUCAACACUAAAGAACUGGGUAAAAGAGCUUCGACAGCACGGCCCGCCUAAUAUUGUAGUUGCCAUUGCAGGAAAUAAGUGUGAUCUUAUCGAUGUAAGGGAAGUCACGGAGAGAGACGCUAAGGACUACGCCGACUCCAUCCAUGCAAUUUUUGUAGAGACCAGCGCGAAAAAUGCGAUAAACAUAAAUGAACUCUUUAUAGAAAUUAGUCGAAGAAUUCCAUCCACUGACGCCAACCCGCCGUCUGGCGGGAAGGGCUUCAAACUCCGAAGACAGCCUUCAGAGCCGAAGCGGAGCUGCUGCUGACCGAGCCUCGGCCUCCAGGCUGAUGAUGAAGUAGGUGGUCCUGAAAGUUAGCAGGAGGGUGGGGCCCUGUCGCCAGGUGUCGCCUCGCCAGUCUUGGAUCUUCUUCGGACAAAAAGGAUUCCCAGAUAUUGGCCGGUUCUGUUUCCUCUUUGGAGACCGCAGCAAUAAUACUUCAGUCUGUGGACUUGGAUCAUGUAAAGACUCUCUGGUGUACAAAGGGACUGCUCCAUCCUUGGCUUCUGACCUUGCUCAGAAGGAGUAUAUAAUCUUAUGGACGGUGGGCUUAAAUUGUUGCAUAGUUUUAUAACCCAGAUUUUAUGUAACAUUUGUAAAGGGAAGAUUCGCACUUUGGUGGUUCUUGAGGGACAAAAGACCCUUGUGGAGAUGACUGUUUCCUUGGUUUUCCGUGACCACUGUUGGAGGGAGCUGUGUCACUUAAGAUGUGGGCACCAUCAGCGGAGGGGUGGCAGUUACUAUUAGCAGCUAAAGUGCGUUGUUUAUAGUGCUGAGGAGAUGGUUUCACCCCCACCGUCUCUAAAGCACUUUCCACUGAUCGCAUCCGCCCCGGACCCGCACAGGAAACGCACGGCAGCAAGUGCGCGGCUUGCCCUGGGUUUGCCGCCUGACACGGUCAUGUGUGUGUCACCAGGCAUGCGGCUGGCACCUUUUUAAAAAUAAGCUCUCAUGAUCAAGAUGGUGAUGGUGGAGGAGCUGCCUGGAAUAAGUGGAACCACAUAUGUUUAAGUUGACGAGCAAUGGUUUAAAAAAAGAAGAAGAGGGAAGAGGAAGUGGUGUAAAUGCUGUCCAUUUUUAUUUAACCGAAAUAUUUUGGUGGGGAAAACAAUUACCUGUUGCUUAGCAUAUGUAAAGUUGUAGUCUGUAUUUAUGAGACCAUUGCUUAAAGGUUAUAAAUUAUGUAAAUACAUUAAUAAAUUCUAUGUUUCAUUCAACACUCCAUUUAGUCUUGCACCCAGCCUCACGCAUGCCCACCCGUUUCUCAGCCUGCCCACAGGAGGCUCUUGGAAGUGCCCGUGGCUUGCAGUCCCGCCUUCCCUUCCACCCCCUCCACACCCAGCUGGAAGUCCUUGGAAAGACAGAUGCCACUAUGACAAGCCAGACCAGCCCUCCCUAGCCUUGGGGUAAAAGAUCAAGGUCAUCAUUUACCUGGUCUUGGUACUAAGUUUCUUUGAGCUUUUACAGCGACCUCAGACCAGCGGUUUUAAGGGAGCUUUCCUUGUUAACAAUUCAGCGUGUCUUUCCCUUUCCCUUACUUCCCCGCCUCUGUUAGUGGUUAACAUUCUUUUCCCUCAGGGAGCCUAAUGAGGUUUUUAAUAUAAUAUAAAAAUAAAGCACUGAAGUGAAGUUGGUGAAAAUUUGUUCCUGGUCUAAUCUGGCACCCUUCCAACCUGAGUGUUGUAAGAGAAGGAAAUUUACAAGAUUAAAUAGGAAAUGAAACAGCUUGAAUUUUGAACUAAAUUGUGUUUUCUGAGCUAUCCUUAAACUGAACAGUCGAAACUUUAAAAAAUAAUGGUUAUUUCUUUGUGCCCCCCACUUGAUACGGAUAGAUUUUAAUGGGAAAAUUAUAAUCCAAAUUAAGUAAGAAACGACUCCCUUUUCCUUGGUGUGUCUCUUAAGCAUUUGGGAUUGUUUAUCCUCUUACUGAAAUCAUACAGAAGGAAUAUAGGUUGCGAAAAUUCUGACAUUGCUUUGUUUAAAAUAUAUGUGGACUCUGUACUCCCCUGGCAUCGUACUCCCUUCCCAGCGUGAAAUCAGCGAGCUUUAAGAGGGGACACAGGAUUCCCAGGGCUGGGCUCUUUACCCCUGAAGGUGGUUUAACUUUAUUUCAUGUACAUCCAAAUGGAUCAGGGCAUCAGACCACUGCCCUGGUUUGUCCCUAACGUUCCCACUGCUGGGCCUCUAUCUCCAUGACAACAAAAUAAAAACAAAGGUUGCUGGACUCAUUACCGAAGAGGCAGUGCUUGUGUGGCCCUUUCUGUCUUAUUUCCCCAAAACAUGACGCAAAUCUGUGACCUUCACGUUUUUUCCAUCAAACCUGUCAGUCAGUGUGGAUGAUUUCACGGUAUCUGGGUGCACAGGGAAAGGCAGGGUGCUUCGCGCCUCAUCUUAUUGGUGCGGCCUCCGAAUACCUCUGAUCCCCUUGUGACAUCUGCUGCCUGUGGCCCUGCACGGCCCGUCUCUCCACCCUCUGCAGCUGCUCUCUCUUCUGACUUCUCGCUCCCCUUCUCGGGUCCCCCCCACCCCCAGGGCCUCUUCUCCCUGGUUUCCUCCAUCUGUCUCGGGAGCUGACAUGGUCCUGUUUCUCAUGUCGUUUCUGAUGCUCAGCAGCAACUGCAGCUUGCUGUCUCAGAUCCGUAAUCCAUACUCGAGAGAGCGGGGUGGGGGGGGUUGCUUUCCAGUGAUUUUCUUUGCUUCUAAAAUGCAAAGAUGAAUAUUAAAGUCAGAAGCAGUGUUUUAAGCACAUUUCGGAUUAUUAACCUGGUUGAACAGUGAUCUGAUACAUAUUUUAUAUAUUCUUCAUUCUUAGUUCUUAUGAGAAAAGGCUAGAUUUUAAAGGAAUUGAGACAUAGCCCAUCCAUAAAAAUCUCCUUUUGGUUCUCUUACAACGCAGGGCCAUUUUUUAAAACUUUGGGGACUAAAAAAGAGAAAGAUCAUUAAUUAGCUGCAAGUGUAUAUUGAUUCCUCUCAGAGAAAUUGAAAUGAGCUCUUUGCAGGUGUCCAAUCCUAGUAACCAUUGAUCUCUAGAACUCUUCUUUCACACAAGGGUUUUUCUGAUUCUGUGAUAACUAAUUAACUAUCAUUUGGUGAUUAAAGAACUUAAAGUAUGAGUAUGAUUAAGUGCCCUUCAUCUUAAACUCUCUUUGAGAAGUGAUUAGGGAGAAGUACCUAUUGCAAGCCCUUCUGAUUCCAGAUGAAACCCCUGUCACCUGCUUUUCAGCCGUAGUCAGGAUAAGUUCAACACACAGCAACUGAAAGAUUUGGUUCCUUUAAAAUAACACACUUCCUUGUCGCCUGUUUAUGAUUUUGUUUGAAGUGCCCGCCUCCCCUGACAUAUGCCCCUCCCAAAUGCCUCCCCACAUCCGAAAGGACUGAGCCUUUUGUACUGAAGGCUUCAUCUCCUCCUCUCUGUGGGCUGGUGUCCUUCUUGAGGUCUUUUUUAUUAUUUUUAAGUAUAUAGAAAGGGAGAGAAAACCACACUUAAUUUCAGGACUUCUCUUAAAGUUUUGUAUUUCUUUCUUUUCUCAAGAAGGAAAAGAGGCCUAGGAGACCUCCUGAAUUAAGCUCUGGGAGAGAGAGUAAUGAAAAUGUCCUUCGAUGGGCAGCCCAGGGCUUUCCUGGAGUCACCAGGCCGGAACAUCUGUGCCAUUGCAGCGCUGCGUUAAGGUGGGGCAGGUGUGAUGCAGUUACCCUGCACCAACUGGCAUGUCAGCCUCAGAGCUCAAAAAGGCAUCAGUUCAUUGUUACACGCAUCUUCUAUAGUCUGAAAUCAAGUUGCAAAAGAGGUUAUAUAAAUUCUUAUAAGCAUUUUUUCACUCAUUUUUUUUUCAGAAUACACUAAGAAUGUGAUUCAUGGCCCCUUGGUGCAUAAGAAUAUGUGCACAGUAUGUUUUGUGUGCGUCUCCCACACAUUCUGGUGUCUUAGCAAGACCCUGUAUAAGUCAUGAGAGAAUCCUUUCCUUCUGGGGAAAAGUUACUGGAAUUCCCUUAACUCUGAUCUGUACCAGGUUCCUGCUUUAGAACAUCUGGGGGGAAAUGACAGCCCACAAACUCAGGCUGGCUCUCCUCCCUAAACUCAUUAGGCUGCAAAUGUUCCUCCUGUCUCCGUAAUGAAAGUUAAAUGACAGUGAUAAGCUAGUUGGUGGAAAGCUGUAAAACAUCUUCGUUAUUUGAAUUUGUUUUAAAGGGACUAGCCGCAUGACAUCUGUUGACGGUGUGACUGCAAGAGGUAGUCUGCCUCUUAACAGUAAUUUUUAAAGGAAGAAACGGAAGGUGCCUUCAAGGGUCAAGCUGUUACUAUAUACCUGCCCUCAAUUAGCUUGGACCAUCAAAACUGUUCAAAUAAUUCGAGGGAACAUUUAAGGGAUGUGUUUUAACUCCUGUGGUACUAUGAUAAAAAAUAGUCUGGGGGGAGGGUAUAACUCAGUGGUUAGAGCACAUGCUUAGCUUGCACGAGGUCCUGGGUUCAACCCCCAGUACCUCCAUUAAAAUAACUAAAUAAAUAAACCUAAUUACCUCCCCUUCCAAAAAAAAAAAAUAGUCCAAGCAACAGAUAUAUCCAGGAGAUAAGCAUUAUACUGUGUAAUUUUAGAGGAGGGACGUGGGGGUGCAAUUUAGCCUCAGACUGAAAGAAACAACCUCUGGCAAUUUCCCCUGACAGCAGAGUUACUUGUCUUGACUUCCAAUAAUACAAAUCCAGGCAGUGUGAUUAUCUGAUUUGCAAGAAACAUUAAUGGAAUUCUGGGGCAUUCAUCCUGUUUUAUAUGCAAAUGAAAGUGUAAAAAAUAUUAGGCAGGUAUGACAUUUUUCAGGAGCCUCCCCUUUUUCAGUCUAAGAGAAUGAAAAGGGAGACAGACCUGUUGUGAUCAAGUUUCAUUAGACAUAAUGAAGAAAGUGAAUGCGUAGAACCAGGAAUCUCCAUAUGUCUCCGUUUGUCCUUCAGGAUUCUCUUAGUCUAUGGGAAAAUGAUUUACUCUCCAAAUCUAGAAGGAAGGAUUUCCAGUAGCAUAAGGUCAGCUUAAAUUUGAUGGUCUGUCCCCUCAGAAAGAGCUAAUAUCUGUGUUCUUCCCUUUGAGAGUACAAUCCAUUAUAGACAUGCUAGAAUAGUUUUAGCUUCAAAACAAAUGGAUUCAGACAUUUAAUAAAAAGGAAAAUCUUAAAUCAUCCAUCUUUUCCUUUCAUUACCUGGAACAUUUUAGAUACAUAGUAAGAUUAGGAUCUGUCAUCAGCAGAUAGCAGAAUUACAACCAUGGGGUGUUAACAAAAACUUGAACAUUUAUCGCCAGUUCAUUUUCAGACCUGUGUGGUCCUGGUGUCCAUUCCCUCAUCAAAUGCUUCAUAAUUGAAACAAACAAAAUUCUGGGUAGCUUUCCAUGAACAGGAAUUCAGGUGCCAAGAAUUCAGCCAAGUAAUGGGAAAUCCGGAGAUAGUAAUGAUUUUUUGAAAGAGCCUUCCCUAGUUGGCAGUUUUAAACUGUAGCCCUCCGUGAUCUCCUUAAUUCUGCAAAAGAAACGAAACAUGCUGGUUUUGAUGCAACUUCUUGAGUCAGGAACUUUUCUGUGUUUCUGGAAGCGUAUUGUUGAAUGCAGUAGUUCAGAGGAAAUCGUCUUCAAGAUAGCAUUUGACAGGAAGGGCUGAUAAUCUUCACUCAGAGUUGCACCUGUCCCGGAAACUCCCCUGUCUUAGGUCUUGUGGAGAAGCUGGGCCUCCCUUCUUCCCCGAGGCAAGCCCAGAGUCCGCUGAGCACCUGCGGGCGUGCGGCGAGUCCACUCCCACUUAGAACGUCGCCAGCCCCCAGCGGCAUGUGGCUUCACCUUGAGGCUUAACCCUUCCUCAGUCUUCAUUCAUUUUUUCACUAACUUUGUCCUUGAAUAAUCAGUUUCACCCCCUGAAAAAUGUCAUAAGCAGGGCUUGAAUUUGUGCACCUUCGCUUACUUUGCAAAUGAGGUUAUUACAUAGUUUGUGGAACUUUUUCUUAAUCCAGAUCAUGCAUGUGAUGUCGGAGUGACCGGCCCGUGCAGUGCGGGGAAUGUUACCGGCAGCUGGCUCGUCAGAGCAACGGACGGGUGGCUCUGUUUUUAAACCAUUUGUUGUAUUGUGUAGACAGAGCUUUAUUGCCCUGGAAGAGAUUUUUUUUUUCGCUCUCAUCCAGCUCACACUGUCAUCUCUCUUUAUGAGUCACUCACAUAAUUGUCAGGCAUGCUUCUGACCUUCUUAAGAAUUGACGUCUGGCCUUCUCAGUGAUCAAAGCCGACCUCUUGCCUUACUUCCCGCUCCUCCUCACUUUGCGGCGGGCACUCCCUUAAAGACACACAGCACCAGCCGCCUCCUCGGCACAAGUGACAUUCCUCCCCGUGCCACCUCACCUGGUGGCAGCAGUAGGGUUUGCCCACCACGUCCAGCAAGGGAGGCCCAAGACAACCAGUACUGUCAGAAAACACAAAGGCUAAUUUUAGGUGAAGAAUCCGGUAUUUCCAGAGUGGGGACAGGCAGCAAGCACUAGCUUACAGCGGCAACCCAACUGCCUAACAACGUGGUUUUUACCAGUUGGUGAUGAGACAGUUUUAGUAUCAGAACUUCACUUCGUUUGUAGUAGAGCAUUUGUUACAGUGUGCAAAAUUCCAAGUCUAAAGUCUUAAAGAGAAACAGCUGAGAUGAGCAUAGACAUUUCAAAAAAAAAAAAGCUAAGCUGUUGUAUCAGCAGUUAUUUCUACUAAGAAUGUCAUACCUUUUCAACACCUGAUGCAAGGAGUAUUUGUGCCUUUAUAUAAUAGCGUCUAUUAUGAAAAAAAAAUUAAGUUGCUUACAGUUUAGGCCAGCUUGUAGCACUAUAAACAGCCCAGAUUUAUAGCCGUGGCUUCCCUGCAUGAAGCGUCGCUUGAUUACCUGUGGUGAAAUAUUGUAACGAUGGUUUGCCAAGCUUAUAUGGAUGUUUGAAGACCUUAUUUUUGCAGUCUUAACCUUGGGCUGGACCUAAGUGUAUAUAUAAACCAUAUGAUGUCUGUACUGUUUGUAGAUGCCGACGAAAGAAAACUAGAUCUUUUGAUUUUUGUUGUAAGAUUUUUCUUUUUGUACUUAGGCUGGUAGUAGAUAGUUUGCAAAUGGUGUUCAAUUUGGCAUACUUUUAAACUAUCUUGUUUUAGCUUGAAUAUCCAAUACUAAACUUUUAUAGAGUAUGACGUGACAAGUCACUACAGCAUUUGUUGUUACUGUAAGCAGGGUGUAAGCGUUUUGUUAAUAAAAUGCUAUGUUUACAGAUA